GCAGUUCCUGUCAGAACGAUAUAAAGCCAAUGAAAUAAAGAAUUAAUCAAUAAUAAUUAAUAAUGACAGCGCGGAAAUCAGGAUCUCGGUUAGAAACGGAAAUCGAGCGGGUUCGAUCUGAGGGACAGUGGGAGAAAAUACCUGAACUUGUCCGCCAAAUCAAUGCUAAGCCCCUCAGUACUGAUGAUAUGGGAGAGCUGUUGCUGGGUGAGAUGAAGCUGCAGCAGUUCCUGAAGGAGAACCCACUGAAACAGAACUGCAGCCCUCGAACAGCUCGUGCUCCACUGAUUGAAGCUCGUACUCACUUUACUAACGCCUUACAGCGAGGAAAUCUCCGGGUGGAGCUGCAGCAGGAGGUGAAUGUGCUGAUGGGAAAGUUGUGUUAUGUUGAAGGUGACUAUAAUGAAGCUCUUAGUCACUUGAGCAAAGUGAAUUUGGACGACCUGCAGCUGGGCAGCGCUCCAAUCUACCGCCUGGCCAUGAUCGCUGAGGCCUACGCCACCAAGGGUCUGUGUUUGGAGAAAGUAUCUGCACCCUCAUCCUCCAGCGCUGAGAGAGAUCAGGAGAUCAUCACCUGCUAUGAGAAAUCAGGAGACAUCGCUCUGCUCUACCUGCAGGAAGCUGAGAAGGCUCUCAGCGCUGGGAUCCAGAACCGCAGUCCAAAACCGGGCCCUGUCUCACAGGAACAAGAACUCGGCUACUUCCUGGAAACCGGACUGCAGCGUGCUCAUGUGAUCCACUUUAAAAACGCUAAUCUGACCAGAGGUGUUGGACGUUUCAGAGAGAUUCUCCGUGCUGUUGAGACCAGGACCACACAGAACCUGCGGAUGACAAUAGCACGUCAGCUAGCGGAGAUCUUGCUCAGAGGAAUGUGUGAGCAGAGUUACUGGAGUCCACUGGAGGAUCCGCCUGCACAGUCCCCACUCGACGAGCCUCAGUGCCCACCCACGUACCAGGAGUACUCCCUGCCCCGUCGGGCACGGGUCUACACUGGAGACAAUUUGUUCUGUCCUCAGGAGAACACAGAGGAAGCUCUGCUGCUUCUACUGAUCACUGAGUCCAUGGCUAACAGAGAUGCAGUAUUGAGUCGUAUUCCUGAACACAAUGCUGAUCGGGUGUUGAGUCUGCAGAGUGCGUCUGUGGUGUACGAUCUGCUCACCAUCGCUCUGGGACGACGAGGCCAGUAUGAGAUGCUCUCUGAGUGUUUGGAGAGAGCUAUGAAGUUUGCGUUUGAGGAGUUUCACCUGUGGUACCAGUUAGCGCUCUCACUGAUGGCUGCAGGAAAGUCAGCUCGGGCAGUGAAGGUGCUGAAGGAGUGUAUGAGGUUGAAACCAGAUGAUCCCACCAUUCCACUGCUGGCUGUAAAGCUCUGUAUUGGAAACCUGCACUGGCUGGAGGAGGGGGAAAGUUUUGCUAAGAUGGUUAUUGAUAUGGAGGGUAAAGCAUCAGAGUUUCGAGCGAAAGGUUAUCUCGCCCUCGGUCUCGUCUACAGCCUUAAAGCUACUGAUGCGUCUCUGAGGGGGGUACAGGAGGACUACCAGAAGAAAGCUUUAGGAGCGUUUCAGAGAGCUCAGUCUCUGGCUCCCACAGAUCACCUGGCUGUUUUCUACUUGGCUCUGCAGCUCGCUGUGUCUCGCCAGAUCCCUGAGGCCCUGGGGUACGUACGACAGGCUCUGCAGUUACAGGGUGAUGAUGUUCACUCUCUCCACCUCCUCGCUCUGCUGCUGUCAGCUCAGAAACAUUAUCAUGAUGCCCUGAACAUCAUUGAGAUGGCCCUGAGCGAGUACCCUGAAAACUUCAUGUUACUCUUCACUAAAGUGAAGUUGGAGACGUUGUGUCGGGGUCCUGAAGAAGCUCUGCUCACCUGUAAACACAUGCUGCAGAUCUGGAAGUCCUGCUAUAACCUCACCAACCCCAGUGAUUCUGGGCGUGGCAGCAGUCUGUUGGAUAGAGCCGUGGCUGAUCGUAGACAGUUAAACACUGUCAAUCUACCAGAUUUCAGUGAUCCAGAGACAGCUUUUGGCUCGUCCUCUUCUCUGAUGAUGUCAGAUUCUCCAUCUUCUCCAUCUUCUCCACUGUUUCCUCUUUCAUCCCUCAAUCCUCCCACUUCUCCUUCACCCAGGACUGAUCCUGUCAAUCCCAUCACCCAUGUUUUCUGUGAUCACUUUCCUCGCCACCUCCCUACAUAUACCAGUUCAGUACAUGCUCCAUCAAUAGCAGCAUCACGGGUGGAACAGGCUCUGUCUGAAGCCUCAUCCUUACAGAGCAGCACCCCCAAACAUGGACCCCUGCACCCCUGGAUGACCCUCGCUCAGAUCUGGCUUCAUGCAGCGGAGGUGUAUAUCGGGAUGCUGAAACCAGCUGAGGCGAUGGCAUGCACCCAGGAGGCGGCGAGUCUCUUCCCUACAUCCCAUAAUGUUCUGUUCAUGAAGGGGCAGGUAGCUGAACUCAGAGGGAACAUGGAGGAGGCUAAACGCUGCUACGAGGAAGCGCUGGCUAUAAGCCCCGCCCACAUCCGCAGCAUGCAGCGACUGGGUGUAAUUCUGUACCAGCUACAGAGGUUCUCGUUAGCAGAGAAGGUCCUGUGUGAGGCGGUGCAGCUGUGUUCCUCCUCUCAUUCGGGGUGGAAGAGCCUGGCCGAGGUGCUGCAGGCUCAGGGGAACAUCACCGCCGCCUCUGAGUGCUUCCUCACCGCCCUGCAGCUGGAGGCCAGCAAUCCCAUCAUGCCUUUCACCAUCCUGCCCCGUGCCCUUUAAAACUCUUACACACAUAAAAACUACCCAUCAUGCCUUUCUCCAUCAUAACUCACACACACACUAUACACACAGAUGAUGGACACAAUAAACUAAAUCCAGCUGUACUGAUCAGAUUAUAAACAGCAUGUAUCAGAUAAAAAAAACUCUCUGAAUCAACACUUCACACAAUACAAGGCAACUAACAGAGUUUUGGAUAGGCUAGCUCUGCCCCAAAAAUACCCACAGAAAUGAUUGAACACCAGUUCACCAUGACCCAGUCUCAACACAAACUAAACAUUGUGGAAAGCUCAUCUGGAUGUAAACACUGACCUAAAUCUCUAUUAGUGCUUUAAUGUUACAUGUUUCUAAUAUUUUGUCCAUCAACUGUACACACACACACACACACACAAAGUUGUGCAGUAUUACUUAUCCCAUGUACAAUCUCUUAAAGCUCCGCCCACAGUUUUGUGUGUGUGUGUGUGUGUGUGUGUGUGUGUGUUGGGGGGGGGGGUGUUAAAUGUUACACUGUACAGUCCUGAUUAUGUUACUCAUGGUGUCCAAAUAUUUAUGAAUGUAAAUACAAAAUAAAUAGAACUGAAUGAAAAUGGUCAUUUAUUUUCCAUCAUUAUAUCACAGUUUAUGAUGUCGAUAUUGGACGGUGUGUCUGUUUAUUAGAACAAACUUUAUAUAAUCAGAUUUAUAUUGUAUAUAUAACAUUUACAUUGUAAUUAUGUGAAUAUUAAAUAAUAUUAUAGUUUUA